GGCACGGUAUAAUGUAUGUGGCCAUCAAAGUUUUGGAGCCUUUGAAGGGACAUACUGCCCCCAGUAAUAAAGUAUUCUAAAGGAUGAUGAGUGAUAAGAUGGUGUGAGGUUAAUCCAAGGUUUAAGCCGAGUUUUAAUUUAAAAAGAAGAGUGAAAUUUCCCAACCUUUGCGAACAGUAACAAAUUUACACGCACGUAUCAUCUGUGAACAAAAGUAGCGUUUGCCAACAUUAUACAGUAAUCCGUGGUAGCAAAGAAGCAGAGGUGUGUUAUCGGUUAUCUAUGAGUGGAGGUUAGGGUGCGUGGGAAAGUAAAUGCCCGUUUAAAAAAUGAAAGUAGAGGUGUAUAAUGAAAUCCUGAAAGAAAUAAAAUCGUUUAGUGGAUCAGGACGAAAAUAUACAAAACAUUUACAGGACAAAUUUCCCAGUGUUUCAGAUUUAACUUUGGCAAGCAUAUAUUCUUUAGAAUAUCAGAGGAAAAUGAAAAGGACUCACCAGAAGUUUUAUAAUAUUAUAGAAGAACUAUAUGACAGGUACACUAGUGCCAUCGAAGCUGGUGAAGAUGUAGGAGUGAUGUUACGACUUGCUGAAGAGAUUGAUUUAUCUCCAGCCCUUUUAGCACGAAUGAUCUUAGAAAAAUUUUAUGAAAAGCACUCAGAAGAAGGUGCUGAACCUGCUACAAAAAGUUUCCUGACAAAACUAAUGAAGGAUACAACUCUGAUCAAAGAUAAGGACCUAGCAUAUGAAAUAUAUCUGUGUGUUGUUUAUGAUGACCAGUAUGGAGCAAUAACAGAUUGUGUUAAACAUUCCCUAGGUCAAGAAUAUGAGUUCCGGCUUCAGAGAAUGGUAAAGGACUUGAAUAUUCCUUUCCGUGAUGAGGAACAUCUUAGGCGGCAUGGUUAUGAUAAGACACCGGAUAUAAAAUUAGAGAUACCAUUUGCUGUGGAUGGAUUUGUAGUCAAUUGGAUCGAAAGCAAAGCUUUGUUUGGUGAUGAAGAAGGCCAUAACACAUAUUUUAAGGACCAGUAUCUUAGUUAUUGGAACAGGUUUGGACCAGGGUUAGUGAUUUAUUGGCUUGGCUUCAUUGAAACACUGGAACUUCGCACUGAGAAAUGUAUCAUAAUUCGUGAAGACUUCCCUACUAAUAUAACAUUAAUGGACCCUACAAGCAUAGAACCACAUCCUGUUACAGUGUGAGACAAAUGUACGUUACAUGUUUAAUGUUCUUGUUGACAAGGAACGAAUAUUACCAUCUUCUGGGAUGUGAUGCCAUAUAGUCUGGUAGAAAGGUACUGACAUUUCAAAGGACUCUGCUGCUACCAUCUUCAGGGUAGAAGACUGUUCUACCCUAUAAAUGGAGGAAGCAGGUUCCUCUGAAAGAGUUCUUUCAACCUCUCAGUUUAGGUUCCUCCUUGCCUGAUAAUGGAAACAGAAUGAGUUUCUGAAAUGUGGUGUUUUAAGAAUAAACCUAGAUGACUUAUGUCUGCUUGUGUAUAUACUAAAACAAAAUCCACAUGAUAGCUUUGGUGAAGACUCUGAACACCAAAUUUAAUUGAAAUCUGCUGAGUUGUUUUCAGAGAUGAAUUGCUGAUAGAUGAACAGGCAAACAUCUACCUGUAUAGGGCAUAUCUGUCAGCUAUUUCUAAUGCAACACACCAGAUUUUUAUUUAUUGACUUGUAAUUGUUUAUUGAGUCAUGUUACUAGUGCACUGGUCAUCAAGUUAUUAGGACAUGUUUUAACUACUAUUUACUCAUCUUCAGGUUCUUAUAUAUUAUAUAGUUUAUCAUAUAAGUUGAGACAUUGGUAUGUCUUUUUAAAUAAAUAGUUUUAAAGAUAAAAUUAAUUGUACAAUUAAGUUAAAACUGAAUUCAGACUGAUUUUAAAUAUCUUUUUAUACUAUCAAGAUCUUGAUCACUGAUUAUGGGACUAUAUUUAUGAUGUAAAAUCUGCCUAUAAUGUGUUAGUUACAGUGGAGCCCACAUUUAAUGUUUAAUUCCAGUGAUCCAAAAUCAAUUAUCUUAGUGUUAAAUUUCCUCCAUUUAAUAUUAUAUUUUAGCAUCCCGUUGCAUUGAGGCAUUAUCCUUAUUAUCAAAGUAUC